AUGAUGAACCGAAAGCUGCAUUAUUGGAGUCUUUUCUGCCUCCUCCUUUCAUUGAACAAUACCGUAGCAUUUGAAUUUUCGAACUUACUAUACUCCCUCAAACUUUGCAGAGGACCAGGACCCUUCUGUCCAGAACCAGAUUGCGCAAAGGAAAGCAAGCAGCAUUUGUGUCAAUGGUAUGACUGCUCUUCCACUGCUUCCAGACGGUCCUUGAAAAGUAGUAACUCGUCGUGUACAUUUUUUGGUUCCCUAUCGAGCUGUGGGAACGACACCAAAUGCUUGGAGGCAUGCAAAAAGUUGAAUGACGGAUCUUGUCCACUUUGUAUUUCUGGCUAUGAAGAGGACGAGUGCCAAGACACAGUGGUAUAUUCAGCUGCCUUGGUGAAUAGCACGGAUGCUACGACUGGUACCACCUUUUCUGGAAUUUCGGUAUCAAGUGACAUAACAUUUUACCAUGGACUUCUAGCGUUCCUUCUCGGCGCUGGGUUACUUGCUGUCGUUUUGAGUAGGGGAAGAAAAAAAUCACUAGACGAUGACCUCACUUUCGCACGUGAAGGCUUGGUAAAAGGACGAAUGGACGCGGUAGAGGCUGGGAAUGCCUCAGAUAUAUCCACGGUAGAGAAUCGAACACAGUUUCGGCAAACGAAACUCCCAUAUUCGAUGACAUAG